AUGAGGGCUUCUUCUCUCGCUGCAGCUCUGUUCGCCUUCCUGGCGUUGGUCGGCUCAACGUCCGCCAGCGACCCCGACUUGCUCCAAGAUGUCUGCGUGGCGGAUCUCAACUCGAGUAUGCUUCUUCUUCUCCUCUCCUUCUUCCUAUCCGCCCUCCCUGCGGUUGCCUAAUGUGUUUGAAUAUCUUCCUGGGAUUUGGCAGCGGUGAAGGUGAACGGGUUCCCCUGCAAGGCCCAGUUCAACGCCACCGACUUCUUCUCCAACCUCCUAGUCAAACCCGGCAACACCAGCAACGCCCAGGGAUCCAUCGUCACCGCCGCCAACGUCCUCCGUUUCCCCGGCCUGAACACGCUCGGCGUCUCCAUCAGCCGCAUCGACUACGCCCCCGGCGGUCAAAACCCCCCGCACACGCAUCCCCGCGCCACUGAGAUCGUCUUCGUCCUCUACGGCGAGCUGGACGUGGGAUUCAUCACCACCGCCAACGUGCUGGUGGCGAAGACCAUCAAGCCGGGGGAGGUCUUCGUCUUCCCCCGGGGUCUCGUUCACUUCCAGAGGAACAACGGCAACGUCCCCGCCGCCGUCGUCGCCGCCUUCAACAGCCAGCUCCCCGGGACGCAGACCAUCGCCAACACCCUCUUCGGCGCCACCCCGCCGGUGCCGGACAACGUCCUCGCCACCGCCUUCCAGGUGGGCAUCCAGGAAGUGCAGUUUGUCAAGAGCAAGUUCGCGCCCAAGUGA